GGCGGGCGGCCACCUAGUCUGCAGGUCCAGCCCUCCCGGGCGGGGUGGGGCACGGGAGAGGAGGAGCCUACGGCCGAGCCACCGCCUUCGCCGCGGGCCUUCAGCUGCCGCGGUUGCUCAGAGCUGCGGGCCGCAGAGCCACCAAAAUGUCAAGAGAGAUGGACAAGCCACUGAUCAGCCUCCACCUGGUGGACAGCGAUACCAGCCUUGCCAAGGUCCCCGAUGAGGCCCCCAAAGUGGGCAUCCUGGGUAGUGGGGACUUUGCCCGCUCCCUGGCCACACGCCUAGUGAGCUCUGGCUUCAAAGUGGUGGUGGGGAGCCGCAACCCGAAACGCACAGCUGGGCUGUUCCCCUCAGCGGCCCAAGUGACUUUCCAGGAGGAGGCAGUGAGCUCCCCGGAGGUCAUCUUUGUGGCUGUGUUCCGGGAGCACUACUCUUCACUGUGCAGUCUCAGCGACCAGCUAGCUGGAAAGAUCCUGGUGGAUGUGAGCAACCCCACAGAGCAAGAGCACCUUCAGCAUCGCGAGUCCAAUGCUGAGUACCUGGCCUCCCUCUUCCCCACCUGCACAGUGGUCAAGGCCUUCAAUGUCAUCUCCGCCUGGACGCUGCAGGCUGGCCCGAGGGAUGGUAACAGGCAGGUGCCCAUCUGCAGUGACCAGCCAGAAGCCAAGCGUGCUGUCUCAGAGAUGGCAAUCACCAUGGGCUUCAUGCCCGUGGACAUGGGAUCCCUGGCAUCAGCCCGGGAGAUAGAGGCCAUGCCCCUGCGCCUCCUCCCGGCCUGGAAGGUGCCCACCCUGCUGGCCCUGGGGCUCUUCAUCUGCUUCUAUGCCUACAACUUUGUCCGGGAUGUGCUGCAGCCCUAUGUGCAGGAAAGCAAGAACAAAUUCUUCAAGCUGCCCGUGUCCGUGGUCAACACCACGCUGCCGUGUGUGGCCUAUGUGCUGCUGUCACUGGUGUACUUGCCCGGCGUGCUGGCGGCCACCCUGCAGCUUCGGCGUGGCACGAAGUACCACCGCUUCCCCGACUGGCUGGACCACUGGCUGCAGCACCGCAAGCAGAUCGGGCUGCUCAGCUUCUUCUGUGCCGCCCUGCACGCGCUCUACAGCUUCUGCUUGCCGCUGCGCCGCUCUCACCGCUAUGACCUGGUCAACCUGGCGGUCAAGCAGGUCUUGGCCAACAAGAGCCACCUCUGGGUGGAGGAGGAGGUCUGGCGGAUGGAGAUCUACCUCUCCCUGGGAGUGCUGGCCCUCGGCACACUGUCCCUGCUGGCCGUGACCUCAUUGCCGUCCAUUGCAAACUCACUCAACUGGAGGGAGUUCAGCUUCGUUCAGUCCUCGCUGGGCUUUCUGGCCCUGGUGCUGAGCACGCUGCACACGCUCACCUAUGGCUGGACCCGCGCCUUCGAGGAGAGCCGCUACAAGUUCUACCUGCCUCCCACCUUCACGCUUACGCUGCUGGUGCCCUGCGUCGUCAUCCUGGCCAAAGCCCUGUUUCUCCUGCCCUGCAUCAGCCGCAGACUCACCAGGAUCCGGAGGGGCUGGGAGAGGGACGGUGCCAUCAAGUUCACACUGCCCACGGACAAUGCCCUGGCCGAAAAGACGAGCCACGUGUGAGGUGCCUGCCCUGAGCUCUGAACACUAGGCACACAAGGGGUGAUGCCCCGAGCCUGUUAGGUUUUCUUUUCUUGGUGGUGCAAAGCAGUAUAACUGUGUACAAAUAGGAGGUUUGAGGUCCAAAUUCCUGGGACUCAAAUGUAUGCAGAAUGACAUACACACAUAUGUGAUAUGUGUGUGAUACGUAUUUACAUAUAUUCCACAUAUAUAACAGGAUUUGCAAUUAUACGUAGCUCGCUAAAAAGUUGGAUCUCUGAGAUUUCAACGUGUAGAUUUAAAAGCAAGUGCCGUUAAGUUAAGAGAAGAGCAGAUCAUGCUAGUGUGACAUUUACAGAGACAUACCCACACUUUUUAUACAGGAGAGGCUUGUGUUGUGGUAGGUUCGAUUUAUCCCUGGUUCCCCACCCCCGCAACUCCCCUUUUGCUACUUCCCCAAGGCUCUUGCAGAGCUGGGGCUCUAAGGGGGAGGGAGGACAACAGCUCUACCCAGAACCACACCCCUGCAGCCAUGCACGGGGCUGAAGAGCCACCAGUGAGCAGGGGCUAUGGAGGCCUGGGGGGAGCAAAAGCAGGGAGUCAGCCUGGAGUCCGUGCCUGGUCCUUUUCCCCACGGUAGGAGGAUGAGGGGGUUGGGCUGAAGCUGCUCCACCUCAUCCUUGCUGAGUGGGGGAGACUUUUUCCCUGAAAGUCAGAAGUCACCAUGGAGCCUGCAAACUGAUCCUCCUGUGAGAGUGAAGUCACCUCCCUGCCAGAGCCAUUAGUGAACCCUGGCUUGAGAACAAGUGUUAAUUUCCUUUCCUCCUUUAAGCUGGUGAUGAGCUUCUUUAAACCACUGUGCCUUCUCACCCUUCCCAUCUUUUGUUUGAACGUCUCCCAGGAAGGCCUAGAACAGACCCUUUAGAAAUCAGCCCAAGGAGGAGAGAGAGAAAAUACUCUAGGGAGUAAAGCUCCCUGGGCGUCAGAGUUGAGCCCUUCCAGGGACCCUGCCUGGGCUGAAGGACCAUCUUCAUUAAGUCGGUCCUGGGGAAAAAUACUGGGGACUCCAAAUGUUCUCUGGCAGAGGACCCAGAAAACCACACUGGCUCCAACUUCCUCCUCAUGGAGCAUUACCUUUGAAAACAGUGGGGAGCAACUUUUCACCAAAGCUACAAACCUAAAAUGCUACUGUCCCAAAGCACAAGAGGAGAGAGCACCACUGGAGCCACAGGGCAUCUGCCAUCCAGUCACAUGCCAUCCUCUCUGCUUCCUCCGGACCCUAGCUUACUUCCCCUGUGGAGAAGCAGGUGUUCUCAGCUGAGCCCCAACCCCCUGCAGAACCAGGUGAUCUUCCAUCAAAAACAGCGUCUUUGAACACAAAGGGGGUGAGGUCUCGGUGAGUCUCCUGGGCCUGAAGCCAUCUUCUGAUGGAAGGAAGAGAGUAGGGUCAGUGAAGGCUGCCCCUGCUCCCCAGGGAGGCUUCACGAGCUCCUAUCUAUGGAGCACAUGAGGGUCCAUCAGUGAAAAGGGGGGGAAGCCCACUGCUAGGUUAGCUCAUUAGGCACACGACUGAUGGAGGGAAGGCCAUGCCGGGGAAGCUCUUCCUGCAGGUAUUUUCCAUCUGCAGCGUCAAGGCUGAGCGACAGAAGCUUGUCUCAUAAAUUGGAACUGAUGGAGCAUCAGCUGUGGCCCACAGAGAGCCUCGCCAAGAAGGGGGCAGGUAAAGCGGAGAUUUUAGCAUUGCCUUGGCAUAACGAGGGUCCAUCGAUUCCUACUUAUGAGAGGCAGGGAAAGCAUGGGCAAUGGAGACCCACCAAUGAUCCCCAACCAUGGUGACUACUGGCUGCCUGCCCUGGGCCAGGGAAUGGCUCCUUAUACCAAAGAUGCUGACACAGAGCAGAGCCCAGUGCACGUCCUCCCUGUCCCACCCACGAUUCCAAGGUGGGUAGCAGGGGGGAACAGGUGCCACCUGCUGGACAAUCAGCUCACAAUAGGCAGGCGGGCUGUGUGCUGAGCCCUGAGUGCGUCCACUGCUGUCCUCCCUACCUCACCAGGCUACUGGCAGCAGCAGCCCCUGAGAGCACAUCACUCCCUACAGCCUGGUAAAUUCCAUGUGCCUCUGGGUACAAAAGUGCCUCAACAACAUGCUCUGGAAAUCCCAAAUGCCACGGUCUGAGGUUCAUGUCUAAUAUCUUUGCCUUGGAAAGAGUCUGUGUACUUUUUUUUUUCAGCCUGGUAGAUGGUCUAAAAAGCAGUGCAAAUAAACACUAACCUUCUGCGAA